AUGUCGAGCACGACAACGACAACAACCACAGGCACAAUGCGUGCACAAGUCCUCGAGGCCUUCAAUCAACCCUACACGCUCAAGACAGACUUCGCUCGGCCUGCACCUCCAAAGGGUCAUGAAAUGCUCAUCCGCGUCACGGCCGCGUCGUACUGCCACACAGACGCCGUCUUCGUUGCGGGCGCCAUGCAACAGGGUCUUCCUCGGGUAGGAUCGCACGAGUUUGCCGGAAUCGUCGAGGCGUUGGGCGACGAUGCCAAGUCCGUGGCGAAAACCAAGGGGAUAUCGCAGGGAGAUCUGGUCGGCGUUCCAGGUCGUGCGUUCGGCCCGUGCGGAACCUGCGAAGAGUGCGUGGACAAUGGCGGUGAUCUUCCAGGGUACGGAGUCUGGUGCCCAAAGGGGUCUAACCUCGGGUUGACGAGGGACGGAGGUUUCCAAGAUUAUUGCCUCGUUGACGUGAGGCAAGUCGCGCGCGUGCCGAGUGGCGGAGCCAUGAAAGCCGUAGACAUCGCCCCUCUCAUGUGUGCAGGCGUCACGGUUUGGAACGCGCUGGGAGCAGCGGGAUUGAACAUGGAAGGAGGCGACAGGGGUAAGGGAGACAAGGCUGUCGCAAUCCUCGGAGCUGGUGGCGGCUUGGGACAUUUAGGUGUGCAAUUUGCUGCGAGACUCGGCUGGAAGGUUCUGGCCGUGGACACAACGCCAGCUAUGGCCAUGUUGGACGGCGUGAUCAAAGAACUCGGUGAGGACGGCAAGAAUGUUAUCCCUGUCGAUGCGUUAAAGGAGAAUGUGGAGGACGCGAAACGACGCAUCUUCGGAGCCGCAUCACCGGGGCUCGACAAUCAAAAGGGCUGCGAAUCCAGUGUGAUCCUGCCAGAGUCACAGGCCGCGUUCGACUUCGGUAUGAGUGUCUUGAAGAGCCACGGGACAUGUGUGUGUGUGAGCUUCCCCAAGGAUGGUUGGCGUUUCAAGCCUGGAGACUUGGUCUUUAGACAUAUCAAGCUUGUUGGCGUAUUGACCGGGCGCAAUCACCAGCUGCAGGCUAUGGUGGACUUUGCCGCUAAGUACGGCGUCCGAGCAAAGACCAGGACAUAUCCCCUGGAGAAGUUGAAUGAGCUGGUGGAAGAUUAUCAUCGAGGUGUCGGUGGAAAGCUGGUCGUUGACAUGGAGAUGAAGUCGUAG